ACGUAGGCGUGCUGCUUCGUGCAACGCUAACCUGCUAACGUAGGUACUGCCUAUCCCAUCUUGCCAAGUACAAUCCCGUGAAACGUCUAGUAAGUUAUUGGCUAAUUCAACAUCACAUCUUUAACCCAAGAGGGGUAUCAGAUGAACUAGACCUAGCCCGCAAUGGAAAUAUAUAACAUGAUAUUUCGAAUGUGUUUUUGGGUCAACGUUGCCGUCUGUCCUUUUUCAUGGCAGAUUUGUUUGGGAAAGCACGCAACGCAGCAUGGGAUCUUUGCCCAGACGUCCAAGUCAAAGUCAAGAUACCUACUGCGUAUCCGCUUGAUCACUAAACACAACCUUGCCUACCUACUUAGGGAUCCUCUUACUACCUAAAAACUCAAGCCAAGAUGGGUGUCUUGCCCAGGCUGCUGAAUGACCUCCCAGCAUUCGACUCGUCUUUUCUCAGCUGCCUCGCGAAGAUACUAUUCUUCACUCCCGUCAUAUUAGUCGUCCUCUACAUCCCGCUCAACGAGAUAGCACGGUUCAGAGCGCGAAUACCGGGUUUACCCGGGCCAAGGGGGUAUCCUCUACUAGGGAGCCUGCCGUCGUUACGUGGCACAGCAACCUCAGAUGAAUACAGGAUAUGGGCUCAGCGAUAUGGCGAUGUGUUCCAAGUACAGCUGGGCAACGUAACGGCCGUGGUGGUGAACAGCACGGCCGCAGCCCGCGCGCUCUUCCUCGGGCAGCGCGAGGCGACGAACUCGCGGCCCGUCUUCUACGUCCUGCACAAGAAGGUGCAGCAGGGGAAGCCCGUGAUGAGCAUCGGGACCAGCCCCUGGGAUGAAGGGUGUAAGCGUCGACGCAAGGUCGCGGCUACGGCCUUGAAUAAGACGAGCACUGAGAGUUAUUUCCCGAUCCUGGACCUCGAGUCGAGGGCUUUCAUCCAGGACGUCUUAUCUAACUGCAACGGCGGCAAUGGGACCGUCGACAUCUUAGACCUAGCGCGCAAAUUUGCUUUGAAUCUCAGCUUGACGCUGGCUUACGGCACCCGCAUCGAGGACGUCAAGGAUCUCCACCGCGACCUCGUGAUCUCCGAGAUCCUCUACAUCGAGGAGCAGAUCUCCAAGUUCCGGAACCCCACGAGCAACUUCGCCAACUACAUCCCGCUCCUCCGACCCCUCUCCACCAUCGCAGGAUGGCUGGGGCCGCGGGGGGACGCGCACAUGGCCGAUAUUGGAAAACGCCGAUACGCGUACCACCGCGCGCUGCUUGAGAAGGUACGGAGAGACAUCGCCGAUGGCGUGGACCGCCCCUGCAUCCAGGGGAACGUCCUCAAAGACCCGGAGGCCAAGGGGCUUAGCGAAGGGGAGCUUUUGAGCGUCGGGCUCAGCAUGCUGGCGGGUGCCGACACCACGAAACGCUCGAUGAUGUGGGCUAUCCUGCUGCUGGCCCACCGCCCGGAUAUCCAGGAGAAGGCCUACCAGGCCAUCCGAGAUGCGAACCCUAAGUUACUCGAGUCGCCACACGUUGCGCAGUCGAGGGUCGAGUAUAUGGAGGCCUUCACGAAAGAGGUCGGCAGGUACUUCGUCGUGCAGCGCCUUGCGCUACCGAAAGCCACGUACUCCGAAGUGCAUUGGAACGGCGCGACGAUACCGCCCAACACGCUGCUUUUCCUCAACGCGUGGGCAUGCACAAGAGACGCAGCCGUCUUCUCCGACUGCAGCACCUUCGCCCCCGAACGCUGGCUCGACGGCGACCAAACCGCCAACCGCCACCAGUACGCCUUCGGCAUCGGCGGGCGCAUGUGCGUGGCGAGCCACGUCGCGACGAAGGCGCUGUACGCCGUGUUCUUCCACCUCAUCGCGCACUUCCGCAUCCUGCCAGCGGACGACACGAUGGACCCCGUUGUCGCGGACCCCAUCGAGGGCUUGCUGAUGCGGGAGAACCCGAUUGCGGGCCCGAAGGCGAGGACGGUGCGGUUUGUGCCGCGCGAUGGGGAUGUCACGAGGAGGAUGUUGGCGUUGGGGGCGUGUGGGGGUUUUACAUGAGGUCUACGGAGGUAGGUGGCAAUGGCUUGCAUGGGUAUCUUGAUAGAUAGGCAAAUGGAGGAAAUGGUAAUGGUAUAGCCUCCUACUAACUUUAGAAGGAUGACGGGAUAGAGGCAGUGAUAAACUCACCCAGCCUCAGACGAUUAUGAUUUAUUUCUUGAAGGCCAAAUGGCGAUGGAAAGCAUAUAGGAAACGCUUCACGUGCUAGGAAGAAAGUACAUACAAAGAUAGAUUAGAGGAUUUAUGGAAGUGAGUUAUACCAAUGGGAUGCUUCAAGGUUGGCUUAGUAACAGGAUGGAAUUUAUACCUAGCAGUUAGUUAGAUACCAUAUUCGAUAGCAAUACAGAUCGAAUCAAAGACAGAAUAUACCUCAUGCAUGCUCCUAUAG